GGUCUCGCCAGCAGGUGGUGGCAGUGAGCGGCCAGUCUCGGUUGUUGCGGGGAGUCAAAGGAAAAAGGAAGUGAAGAAGUGAACUUCCAGCAGCUUGCUGUACUCAGAUGGACGGUGCGGUGUAGACGAAAAUGCUGUUUAGGAAACGACAGCUAUGCUGUCUGGUGUCGUCCAGGCGGUGAUUGACUGACAGAUGCCUUCAUCAUGAUGCUGAGCUGCAGCGCUCUCGUCGUUGCCCUCCUGCUGUCCCAGGUCCGAGGCUUCCUGAACUCCUCGGAGGACGAGGGCGUCCCCGAAGAGUGGGUGCUGCUUCAUGUGGUUCAGGGCCACAUCGGGGCCGGAAACUACAGCUACCUGCGCCUCAACCACGAUGGCAGAAUCAUCCUGCACAUGCAAAGCCUCAAGGGAGACGCGGACCUCUACGUGUCGGAUAAAACGCUGCGGCCGAGCUUCGACACCUACAAGCUGCAGUCGGUCACCUGUGGCCCGGAUGUGGUGGAGGUGCCGGGGAACUUCGCGAGGCCCGUGGGCAUCGGCAUUUACGGCCACCCGUCUCACAAGGAGAGCGAGUUUGAAAUGCGAGUGUUUUACGAUCAGACGGUGCCCCAGGACCCAUUUGAUAAGGACCCAUACACCUCAGAAGACGGACACAAGCAAAGCAAAUCCCCUCAGGCAGCAGAGGAGGACUUUCAGGAAGAGGAGUCGAUCUUUUGGACAAUUCUGAUCGGACUUUUGAAAAUUAUACUUGAGAUAUUGUUUUGAAAAUGGUUUCCUGUCUUGCUGCUGCGACAGAAGGAAGAGAUUCUGCUUUUUUUUUUUUUGGCUCAGUCGGCCUUAAAAUUAUUUUUCUUUCAUUCUGUAAGGAUGAGAAAAUGUUGCACCAAACUCCAUUGAGAAUUCUGGCAUUUUAACAAUUCCUUUCCUUGUGAUCAACCAUACAUACUUGAUUUAAAAUUGCAAGUUAAAACUUUUUUAUGGAUCACUGCUGAAUUUACCAUUGAAGCCUGACUAAUCAGAAAAUGUUUCAGAAAGUCUGUAUGUUUGGUGACAAGCAAAUGAACAUUUAGUCAGAUUUAGCAGAUUUUGCCUUGGUGUCCUCUCAUACAAAGACAGGAUGAAGCGUAUCGAGGUGAAGAACGGGCACAGGUUUAGUCAUGGCCUAAAUUUGGGCCUCUGUGAUUUUCUAUAUUGAACUGCUGUUCAACCAAAAGGUCAAGAGGGGGAUAUUAAAGGAAAGAUUUGGGUUUUUUCAAGUUUAUCUUAAUACAACGUUCACGUGCCGUACGGUGCCGAGUUAUUGGUCACUGUCGUCGUUCCUCCCGUCCAUACAAGUUGUGAAGUGACCCGUUCCCAAAGCGACUACACUGUAAGAGAUGCGGAACAAACGCCACAGUCCUCGUCCUCUGCAAAACAUGCAUUCUGAAUUUCAGCCAGCAAUCUGAGUCGAGGCCUCAGUUUGCUUAAAAUUAACUACAUCGAAAAGGCGUUAACGCCCGUUUCAGACGGCGCCGCGGCUUCCUCCGGUUUGAUCACGCUGCCUCCCUCGUCUCUCUUCAAGAACUCUUUUGUGUGUCUUUGUAGUUUUGAUGUGAUGAAUCCUAUAAACGGGCGCAUCAAAGAGAGAAGUCCAGACCGGCUCUGUUUGGAGCAUGUUGAGGCCUGUAGCUGAAUCACGUGGGUGUUUUCCCAAAGUUAGUCUUUGUUUUUAGUAGGAAAAUUCUCAGUUUUCCGUGUUUCCUCGCUGAGACGCGUCCUGGUAGUCGCAUGUAGAGUUUGUCGCGAGGACGCCGCACCAGCUGCGAACCCAAUGCGAAAGCACCAGGACGGAGAUGCUCGCUUGAGUUGUCAGUCACACCGCUGAAGCCUCAGUGGAUGAGUUCAGACGAGCUUUAAAACACAGCUGUGGAUUUUGUCCUUUCAUCUCUCUGCAGUGUGUCAUAAUUGGGAAGCUUCGCCGUCAGGAGGAAAGAUUACAGCGAACCGUGACUCUCUCGCAAUGUGUGACUUCUGAGUAUCGAGACGGAAACCUACCCUUAAACUUUAUCUUAAAUCUUUAAAAAAAAAUCUAAUUUAGAGAGGAACCGCUGUGGCUGACUCACCUCGGGCCUGGGAAUGAAUGAAACCGCUUGUCUUAACUCUGCAUAUCAACGCCACACAGGAUGUGCGUGGGUCUAAAUAUAAAACAACUUUAGCAAUACAGUCAUUGUCAGCCUUUUUUUUUUUUUUUAGAUGUACAUGAGUUUCCUACGGGGCAGGUUUAUUGUUAAAGGAACGACGAUGGUACGUUGUCAUGCUACAGGAGCCCUUCAUUUCCACCAAAGCAGACCGUUUUUUGUUCGGCGAAGACGCUGCUGAAUAUGCUGCCAUAUUGCUACCGACCUGUCAACGCUAGUGGCAACAUUUCAUUUGGUUUGAUCGCUCAUUUUGUUUCUUUCCUGUUGGACGAGCUCCUGAUUUAAACGUCGCCUCCCGCGCUGGAGGUCAGUUAUGCGUAAACUUUGCGACCACUGAGCAGAAAUGUUCAACAGUGCCUUCAGCGCCGCCGCCGCCGAGUGGGUUUCCUGUUUCAGAGACGACUCAAUCAGGUUUCUAAAUAAAGCAGUUGUUUCUCAGACUGUUUUAAAAUGUUUUUGUCUCGUUUGUUUCAGACCUCGUUACCGGAAAGGUUGGCGGUUUGAGUCUGAGGAGAAGCCGUCUAACGAGCACCGAGGUGUAGGGCUCAGCCAGCAUCACGGCAGGUGUUGAAAAACACCUGCUCAGUCGACUAGUUGCAGUUUGAACGUCAUGAUAACGAGGAAUUAUUCUUCAUCAGCAAUUCCAAAAAAAGAGAAGUUUAACUGGCAUUAGUUCAGGCUGUAAAUGUGUCAUGACUCUUGUUUUUAAAAAUAAAUCAUAAUAAAGUAAUUUAAUCAUAA